AUGUUUCCGUGGCCCCAGGCAUUUUCUGAAUCUAAAGUUGCUGCCUUGUUACUGAUUAGGCAGCCUUAUUUGCUGUCUAUGUCAGAUAGUGUAAUGAUGAGCUGCACCAUUGAGCAGCUUCCUGCAGGGAGCUCAGCGACCGGAGGGACUGCCGCUUCAUGGAACCGCAUCAAACUCAGCAAGGAGCUUGCUUCCGCAGUCCAGGAUGACGCUCGGAGAAAGGCGAUUGACUCGGCCAAAAAGAGAGCCGUCUCUCAGCAUGUCGACUACGAAACCUUCCAGGCAAUGGUCUCCGUUGCUCAUCUAAAGCCUAUCGAGCGGGACGAAUGGUACCGGAGACCCGCUGAAUUGCACAGCUCCCCCGCUUGGAAGUUCUCAGCGGAUGGUUCCCUGAGUGGCAACGCUCUCACGCUCAAUCCCUCAGAAGGCAAUUGUGCAACGGAAGAGCAGUUGAGUGGCUUGAUCAACGAGCCAAAGAAUGCAGAGGAGUUCCAGAAGCGAUGGAGGAGUUUGAAGGGCUCUGCAGAAGACAGACUGAGACUUUUCAUGUCGAUUGGACCCGAGAAGCUCCUUCCGCUGUUCAAGGUGGAGAUCCGCCCGGCCCUGCUCGGGGAGAUCUUCUCAGUUCUGAGCGAAUGCUGGGAUACAGACACAGAUCGACGCGCUUUGGGAAACCCUUCUUCAGACGGAGAUACGACGAACGCACUGGAAAAGACCAUGGGCGCCCUUUCAAUUCAGAGGCCGUCAGCACUUUUAAGAGAAGAAGGAGAAGCAAACGGGAAGAGGAGCGGAAACGCUUCCGAAACGGACAGGGACACUUCAGUAGCGGCUCCACAGAGGCAAGAACUCACUUGCGCUUUUCCGGGUCUGGACGAUAGCUUUAGGAAAAAGAAGGGUGGGGGGACGCUUCAGAUAGGCAUGGGAGCGGACGCUGCUUCUCUCGCAAGCGAAGCUGCAGACGGAGCUUUUGAAAGUACUUCGGUUCAAGAAAGUAUUCCCGCUGGAAGCCCGGAAGAUGCAGCAGAAAGUCAGCAGCAUGUUGGCUCAGUCGCUUCGGGUGAGAGCCAAAAGACGGAGUUACAAGGGCACGAGAGAAGGGCAGAUCCGCAAGCCGGAGAUUGCGUCGAGAAGAUCUUGAACAUUCUGACGGCGUUGUCCAAGUCUGGAAGGUUCAGCUUGACGCUGCGGCUGCUUAGCAACGGCCACAAGAAAGACAUGCGGUCUGUCUUUGAAAAGCUUCGUGUUGCAACGAUCAAACAAGGUGCAGCAGACGCUCUCGACCGGCUCAGCAGCAUCGAAGCCCUCUUUCUACAGUAG